UCAACAACACGACGGGCAAUUGGUUUCGGAAAAUCUAAUCAAAUAGAUACACUGGAAACCGUUAUCAAGCGCUCCCCCGCAGCCACCGGCUCCACCCCGGCAAUGUCGGCGGUGAAACUAUCUCAGCCACCGCCAUCCGCCGCAGUCUGCACUCCCCGAGCCUCUCUCCUCACUCUCGCUAUUGUGACCCUCGUCUCGUUCACUUACCUCUCCCUUAAAUCCCUCCACUCCCCUUCUCUUCAAUCAUCCCCAUCUGCUACACCUUCCUCUCUCACAGUACAACCCUCUACUCCGAAGAUUGUUGAAGAUGCCGGCGUGGAUCGUGUCGAGAAAGUGGCGGUGCCGGAAAAGGAAGAAGGAGGCCGGAAUGAAGACGCGGACGACGACGUUUACCAUCUGUCGAAGGUGUUCAGGUUGAAUUAUGAAGAGAUGUUGAGGAGAUUUAAGGUGUACAUAUACCCAGAUGGAGAUCCGAAUACCUAUUACCAGACCCCUCGAAAACUGACCGGAAAAUACGCCAGCGAAGGAUACUUUUUUCAGAAUCUCAGGGAGAGCAACUUCGUUACGGAUGAUCCAGAUCUGGCGGAUUUGUUCUUCAUCCCAAUAUCUUGUCAUAAGAUGCGAGGCAAGGGCAUAUCAUAUGAGAACAUGACCAUAAUUGUCCAAAACUACGUGGAGAGCUUAAUGCACAAGUAUCCCUACUGGAAUAGAACUUUGGGUGCAGAUCACUUCUUUGUUACUUGUCAUGAUGUAGGAGUGAGAGCCACUGAAGGUCUUCCAAAUCUCGUGAAAAAUUCAAUUCGCGUUGUUUGCUCCCCCAGCUACGAUGUUGGAUUUAUACCGCACAAAGAUGUUGCACUCCCUCAAAUUCUUCAGCCGUUUGCUCUCCCAGCCGGAGGAAAUGACAUAGAAAACAGGACGACACUCGGCUUCUGGGCAGGACAUAGGAAUUCUAAGAUUAGGGUCAUACUAGCACGAGUAUGGGAAAAUGACACUGAACUUGAUAUUUUAAAUAACAGAAUUAAUAGGGCAACUGGACAUCUGGUGUAUCAAAAGAGAUUCUACAGAACAAAAUAUUGCAUUUGCCCUGGUGGCUCUCAAGUCAACAGUGCUCGAAUAACUGACUCCAUUCAUUAUGGAUGCAUACCUGUGAUACUCUCUAAUUACUAUGAUUUGCCUUUCAAUGACAUAUUGAACUGGCACAAAUUCUCGGUAGUACUAAAGGAGAAAGAUGUGUACCAGCUGAAGCAAAUUCUUAAGAACAUAACACAAGAAGAAUUUGUCGUGCUGCACAACAAUUUGGUCAAGGUGCAAAAGCACUUCCAGUGGAACUCACCCCCCCAGAGUCAGGAUGCAUUUCAUAUGGUCAUGUAUGAACUUUGGUUACGCCAUCACGUUGUUAAGUACUAACCUUCAUAAAGCCUUUAAAAUGCGUCAAAAGCAUAGUCUCAUACUGCUGGUUGUGAACCCUAAACGUCGUAUAUUACUAUUUGGCAGUUGCAGUUUGUUCAUUCAUUCAUUAUCGUCUCUUCUGUUAGUUUUACCCUUUUAAUCCGAAUAUAGAAGGAAGGAGAACUGGUCCGUGGGUUGUGUGUAAGUUGUUGAGUUCGUUUUGUACCUACAUCGAGGAUUUUGGUUAGCACAAUCACCACAUUAAACGUAUUUUGGCUAGUGUUUUUGUAUUCCUUAGUUCUUCUUUCAACGCAUUGCGAGGGUUUGACUUUUUAUGCCUCGCCUAUUUCAUUGUUGUACAUAUGGGAUUUGAUUCACUGUAUUAUAUCCGGUAAACUUGAAAUAAGUGAAAAAAGUGACACACGUGG